GGUGACAGCUCAGACAAUAUGCUUGAGAAACACACAGGAGGAGUAAAUCUCCAAGAGUUCUCACACACACUCCCGGUGGACAUGGCCCACUGAAAACUAACCCUGUGCAGACGCACCUAUUUCUGUUUGGAAACUAAAGCUGCUCAGCAAACAUGAACAAACUUGCCAAAGCUCUGUAUGACAACAGUGCAGAGUGUGCAGAUGAACUGGCCUUCAGGAAAGGUGACAUUGUCGUGGUGGUGGAUCAACACGUGGCUGGCACCAGCGGGUGGUGGAUGUGCUCUCUGUACGGACGCCAUGGCCUGGCCCCUGCAAACAGACUGCAGCUCAUACCACAGACUGAAAUCGGUGCCAGUUCCCCACAUCAUGCCAUGGACAAACCCAUACGAAUUGAUGCUACAGCUAAUGACAGUAUGCAAAAUAUCUAUCAGAUCCCCAUUGUACCUCGACCCUCCAGCAGUCCUGCUUAUGAACGCAUGGACAUGAUAUACAAGGUCCCGUCCACUCCUUUUCUGUCUUCAAAAAGUCCAAAUCUGUCCGCACUUCAGCACAGCACCGACGGACCUGAGGGAGACAAGCAUUCGUUCUUCAAUACUGCGUCGAGUCCGAAGGGGGAAGUGUACGACAUCCCGAGCCAAGCAAGACGAGCAUCUGUCUUCACUGCAUCAACAACACCGAGACAUAUGUCUCGAAAACACUCACUGAUUCCGCUGUCGGAGCUGGAGAAGAGAUUUGACUCUCCGGAGAGUUUAAGGUGUAACAGUCCAGAUGCUUAUGUCUAUGCAGUCCCACCACCUUGCCCUCAGGACCCGAACUAUGACAUCCCUGUUCCCUCGGCCACAGAAGACCAACAGAAAAUGAUGAUUGGAUACAACACCCUUCCCAACCUACGCAAGCCUGAGUGGAUCUAUGAUGUGCCAGUGGGUCCUGAGAAACCAAGUCCACCCCAAGGCUCUUAUGACUCCAUGCCCUACAAAGGUGUUUGUAGGCAGCUCUAUGACACUGUUCCAGCACGUGCUUGGCCCACUCAAAGAGGCAGUACAACUCCCUCAGUUUAUGAUAUACCAAAACCCAGUUCUCUUGACAUCCCGACUUCACCCAAAGUGGUGCCAGUCCUCCCAAUCUAUGACAAGCCCCCAACUCAGACACUUACAGAGGAGUCAGUAUAUGCUGUCCCACCCAAAGAUGAACACUUCACCCAAGUUUCAAGUGACUCCCCCAGUGAUCAUAUACCCCUAGAGUGCAGAGGUGACUCAAGCAGUGUCCAUGAACUCAAUAGGGUACAACUGCAACGUAUGAGGAACUUUCUGGCCUGUACAUCUUUCCAUGACCUUCCAGGAAGUGGGGGGUCACUGGUAGGGGAGGACAUCGAGAGAGGCAGAAUACUGCGUCUCUCAGCAGCUGACAGUCAAAGAAUCAGCACGGCCUCAAGCUCUUCCACUAGCUCCUGUGACUCUCUGGCACUGAGCUCGUCCUCUCCAGAGCCCUUGCGAGAGGUCACGCUCUGUCAGGACGAGGCCUGCCGCAGACUUCUGGACCUGCAGGGGUCCAUUUGCAGGGCCGUGCCCCAGCUCAUGGAGUUUGUCAGCAGUCAUUGGAGGAGCAAAGAGCAUCUACAGAAACACCUGAAGGAGAUCAAAGAAGCGGCAGAGAGAAUUGCAAGUUCUCUGACAUGCUUCCUGAGCUUUGCCCUGGAUGUUAAGGGUAAUGCGCGCCGCUUGACUGAUGCCAACCUUCAGACAAGGCUUUAUAAACAGCUGUACAUCCUAGAGGACUCAGGUGUGAUCCUACAACAAACAGUGAGUGCUCUGAACAUGGCUGGCUGGCUCCUCAGCACACUUUGCCAGGACCCAGGGAAGGUCCAGACGCCUGACCAACUGGAGCGCUUUGUUAUGGUGGCACGCACCAUUCCAGAGGAUGUCAAACGCCUGGUGUCCAUCAUCAUUGCCAAUGGCAGGCUUCUGUUCAGAGCCUCUCAGAAAGAUUCAGAGCCUGUCAACACCACAGGUCAACCAGAGACAAAUAAAACUCCUGACAGAGACGAACAGGGAGGAGACUUAGUGGAGGACGACAAUGACUAUGUAGAGCUACAGACUAAGAAUGAAUUUGAAAAGCAGCAAAAUAAAAUGGAGAGAGAUCCUAAAGAAAAUGUCACAACAGCCUCUAACAAGGCACAGGCUCAUAACAAGCGUCAUUCCUCUGAGUCCAGCACAGAAGAACAUCAGUCAUCCUUCCUGUCGGAGCACUGUCGCCUUUACUUUGGCGCUCUCCAGAAGGCCAUUGGUGGGUUUGUGGGCAGCCUUCAGGAUGGCCAGCCACCAGAGAAAUUCAUCUCGCAAAGCAAGCUGGUGAUCAUGGUGGGCCAGAGACUGGUGGACACCCUGUGUAGGGAGGCCCAACGUGGAGGGUCCAGCCAGAGCCUCCUGUGUAAGAGCAACCACCUGUGUGCCCUCCUGAAGCAGCUGGCUGUGGCCACCAAGAAGGCGGCGUUGCAUUUCCCCGAUAAACAAGCUCUGCACGAGGCUCAAGAGUUUGCAAUGGAACUGGCCCAAAGAGCGCAGCACUUUCGCAUAUCACUCGACCUCUGAGAGCGCACAUAUCAAGCAAAUUGAUUUGUUUGUACAGCAAAGACACUGGUUUAUUCAUCCAUCAUUUAGCUACCUAUUUUGUUUUUCAUUCAUUUAAUAUUCAACUGCUAUGAUGCUUCAGUCGCCAAAAAGUUAAUUGCUUUUAGCCAAAUGAUGUUAUCAUGGUGGGUGCAAGUGCAUGUUGAAAAAUGUUAAUGAUGUUGGAGAAAGUGGCUGGGACAGAAACAGAACUAUUCAAAUAUGAAUAUGUAUAUAUACUAAAAUAAGAGACUACUGUAUUCAAGCCUAUUUUAAAAAUGCAUUUUAAAUAAGUAUGAAAUAAAAUUUGUUUUAUAUAAUUUACAACAAUUUUAUAUUUGAAUAUUGUUUGUUUUAUGGAUGUUUUAUUUUUAAUUCUAUUACUUUGUAGUGUAAGCGGUAUACUCUCCAGGGUAGUAGUUUGAUACAGUCUACUUUUUGUGAAUAUCGAUGUAAAUAUUUUUUAAAAAUUGUUAUGCAUUCCCAAAUAUAUCCUUGACAAAAGACAGAAUAGCACCUGUUGGAUUUUUAUCGAUAAAAAAAUAAAAAAAUGUAAAAAAUGUUGUUUUGUUAAUGUCUAUCUGAAGCAUACAAAAUGAAUAGUGACAUCUUUGUAAAAAGGAUAACUAACCAGCCGUCUAUGCUAAAUAAAUAACAUUUUAAAGGUU